AUGGCCUCCACCGCUGAUGCCAUCGCCGCGGUGACUGCAGCUCUAGCCCAGCUGCCUCCGGCGGAAUCAAUUCCCGAAGAGGAGCGAUUCAAACUUUUGGGCGCGAUUGACAAAGUUCGCGUUGCCAUGGAGCCUCCAGUUUUGACUGUUCGCAAUUACUGCUUUGCGCACUACGGUCUUGUUGGUAUCCGUGUGGCCAUAGGCAUGGGCAUUUUCGACGCCUUAGCCGCCGGGGGUGGAUCGCCACAGACAAUUAGUCAAUUGUCAGACAAGACAAAAGGCGAUGAGAAGCUUUUAACGCGCUUUUUGCGGCUCCUUGUUACAAAAAACCUUGUUGUUGAGAACGCCGACCAAACAUACCAGCCAUUGCCUUUGGCCAUGGGAUUUGUUACUGGAUCGCCUCUCGUGGCAGCUAUCCAUCAUUUCUACUCGAACAUGAAAGUCUCUGCAAACUUGAACAAAUUCUUCCAAGCCACAGACUACGCUAACCCAGAAGAUGCCUGGGCCGCGCCAUUCCACUUUGCCUACAACACGAAAGACCAUCACUUUGACUGGCUCCAGAAAAAUCCCGAGGAUCUCCACGCUUUCAAUACCCUCAUGAGCCUGAACCGCCAAAUCGAAGGAGAGCGAUUCCCUGAUAUACCCGGCCGUCUCAUCGUCGAGGACCUCUCGUCCGUCAUUCAGAAUAUUAAAGCCCCACUUGGUGAGGGCAUCGAAGCGAUCGGCUACGAUAUGUUUACUGAGCAGCCCGUAAAGGGCGCCAAGGUGUAUUAUAUGCGAACUGUGCUCCACGACUGGCCGGAUAAACAGGCUCUUGAAGCGCUGGGACAUAUCUGGGAUGCUAUGGCUGAGGAUUCGAUUUUGUUGAUCAAUGAAAAUACCCUGCCUAAGAAGGAUGCUCCUGCCUUCUCAGUUGCGAUGGAUAUUCUGAUGAUGGAAAUGUACGCGUCGCUGGAGCGGACUGAGAAGCAAUGGACUGAGUUGUUGGAACGGGCUCAUUUUAAGGUGGUUAAGAUCUGGCGUGGAAAUGAGCAAGGUGGUGGUGCGAGUGCGUUAUACGAGGCUGUUCCUGUAUAG